AUGUGGCUUAAACCUGAAGAGAUAUUGCUGAAAAAUGCAUUCAAGUUAUGGGUGACAGAAAAAAGCAACGAUUAUUUCGUAUUACAAAGGAGGCGAGGAUAUGGAGAAGGAGGAGGCGGUUUGACAGGUAUGUGUUCUGUUCUUUGCUGGUCUGGUAAAACUCAGUGACACCGCAAUGACAUUCUAGCAAAGUGUGCAUGCCAUCGGACAAGAGUUCAUAUUUCCGGUCUAUUUUAGAAUGUCCCCCUUCAGAUUCUGUCAUGUAAUCAUAGGGGUGGGAGACAGACAGUUCUCCAGAUCCGCGUGUCAAAUGGACAGGCUGGACUCCAAACGUUAGCUUAGAUUGCAAUAGGUAUUGCAAUGUAACAAUUUACAGCUGGGCUAUUCAACCGGGGGUCCGCGGCCCCCUAUAGGUCUGCCUAGAUAUUGCAGGGGUUCUGCGAAAAUGUUUUUUGUUGUUGUGUGGAUUCCCCCCCAUGUUUUUAUGAAUAUUGCUAGCAACAACAGAGUAAACACAUUUUGAAUGACAUACCUACAGUAGAUCUAAUUUCUAAUGAUGUCAACUUUAUUUCUCAACUCCUAAUUUUGACAAAAUUACACUAAUUGGAGCCAAUUACACUCACUGGAGUAUCUGACAGGCUUUGAAAAAGCAGCCGCGAAUAGGCUACUAGUGUGGCAAGUGCUGCUAGUAAGCUUUCUUGACUUGGACAUUAUUUUUUGCCAACACAUGGCUAACCUUUUCUUAACCAGCUAAACAGCUACUCUUAGCGAAAAUGUGUUUAGAGUUCCCUUUCUAGCUAGAAUUUACACUUCCUCUUCCAAUUAUGUGGGAAGGUCAAAAUAAUUUUAAAAAACUACACCAAAUCUAUUCAUUUUAAAAUGUUUAUUAAUUAUCCUUGACAUUAUCAUUCACCUGAUAAGACGGGAAAAAACGAAUGUUUUGCUAACGUAUGAUGGGGGUCCCUGGGUUGCCGGUUUGCCUGGGAGGGUGUCCCUGGGCAAGAAAAGGUUGAAGACCCCUGGUUUAUAGUAUAGCCUGCCUACGAUGCAGAUUAUUUACUUUGUUACCACUGACUGAGCCAUCAACAAAAUUGCCUCUGUUGUUUAGGCUACAAACCACUGUCACAACACUUGAUGAUGCUGUCUGAGAUGUCUGUUGUUUUGGUACACACACACACACACACAAAAUGACACAGUAGUGUCAUAUUGGGUUGCCGACAUUUGCUUUAGCUUUAUGGGUGGAGCAAUAGGCUAUACUGAGGGCACACAGCACUUCUGUAUGAGAAUGUACUCAAGCAUGAUACUCUAGAGGCAGAAGAGCCAGGGCAGUGCUCAUCCAUUCCAUAGGGUCUGUCUGGUCUACUGAUUCCCAGCAUCUGAAAUGGGAAGAUUCUACAUUAUGAAAAUAGUGUUUGUUGAUCUUUGAGAUCAAUGCUGCGCUAUUUUAUAACACAUUGAUCCUCCUUCACCAUGCAGGUCUGCAGUCAGUGAACACGUUAACAUGCGCACAGUGUUCCGGAUAGUAGCUUAUAUCCCGCUUAAAGUCUUAUUCAGGGAUAAGCUGUUUACAUGCACCUUUGAUAUCCCGCUCACUAGUAUCCCUAUAACCAUGAAUAAACAAGAUAUUCCUAAUUUAAAUUCAUAUUGGUUAAAUGAAAUAACUGCAAUAUGGACACUGACUGUAGGCCUAUAACCUCUCACAUGUAGCAUAAAAUAAUAUUUCAUUUCUUACAGUAAAAUUAUACAACAAAUGUUGAUUUUUGCUCGGGAACAGGAUUGGAGAAAUAUUAUUUAUUUAUUUCAACAUCUCUUGAGAAAAUGCGAAUGCGCAUGUAAUGUGUUAUCUUUGACACUGUUAUGCAAGCAGACAGUAUUUCAACCACAUACAAUAUGUGCCCAAGACGAACUGAAGUCUUAUCAGAAACGUGUUUCAUCGUUUUCUCAGCUUGUCAUUUCCUUAAAACCGGUCAAACUGAUGACAUUUUGAUAUUUUGCACAGGACCAACCUUUCCACUGUUUUGGAGUUAUUGCGUUUUCUCUCUGGUCUCUAAACAAAACAGACAACUUUAUCGGUGUUAACUAGAUUACUAAUGCAUUCAUUCUAUCGAUGUAAGACAUUAUUAUAGUGAGCACUACUUUAUUUAGUGUUUUAGGGCAACAAGUUAUGACAGAAGAGAAGCUACACGUAUCUAACUAUAGUUGACAAGCAAAUGGCCUACCAAAUGUCCGAAAUUAUAAUAGGGCCUACCAAAUGUCGGAAAUUAUAAGCAGAAACGGUCCAGUACGGACUAGCCUAUCAGCAAAAUAAUUGAUUAUGGAAUUAUUGGUUCGAACUGCGCAGGUAGCCUACUUUAUGAAGUGAUUUGUUUGACAAUCAGAUAAAAACAUCAUCACACAACACCAUUAAUAUAUGAAACUGAGCCUGAGCAAACCGCGAAAAACAACAGUAAACAGGAUAAGAUGUUUACAUGCCACAGUAUCCCGUCUAAAAUCAGCAUAUCCCAGGCAUUUUAUCCGGGUUUCUCAUAACCGGGAUACAAGCUUUUUCGGGUUAUUGUAAAUGGGAAAUGAUGUUUUAUAUGCGUCAACUCAAAAACAGAAUACUUGAGUAUCCCAAAUAAUAGUGGGAUAUUGUUGUGCAUGUAAACGUGGUCAUUCUAUCAAUUACACCAAGAGUGAGUAGGCUACCUUGUUUGCUGUAAUGCAAUAAUUGAAUGUCAGCUUUAGGUUUCCCAACAAUAGUACGUUUUCUUGCACAUGGUCACACACAGCCUCUGAUAGGCCAAUUAUCAGCUGUUGAUCACAGUUAUCCACUUGACUGAAACAGCAUAGCUAACUUUCACAUUUGCCUCAUCUCUAAAACUAAAAAUAGCAAUCUGGUGGCCUUCUAGUCUAUUGAAGCUGACGUGCCAGUGGAUGUAGCCUACCGAUAGUAAUGGUAGAUGUCUUUGUCAAAAAGACUGACACUGAGAACAUCAGAGCUAUAAUAACAGGUAAUGAAUGGGUUUGAUGAAGUGAAACACAAUAGCUUUCUCCUCUGACUGGGCUAAUGAUGGUGGAGGACCACCAGUGUCUGCUCUCCUCCUGUUCAAUGCCUCCCCUGAAGCCCCCUCCAACUCAAGGACCUUUUUAAUCCUGAAGUAUCCAGAUGUAAAUCUCAAAUGGCCACAGGGCAGAGAGCAGGCUAUUAUUUAGUAAUACCUGCUCGAUUAAUUGGGCCCUUGCAUAUGCACAGGUUUUUCAGCAGAAAUUCAGCCAAACUUUUAUAAUAGAUGAUUUACAGGGGGAAACGAACUCUGUAAUCAGUUCAUAGAUGUGGUCUAGUCCACCAGCCGGCUCUUGGUAGCAAUUAGCCUGGGGGCGAGGUUAAGGCCACUGUACAGCUGUGUCAUGAGCCCCCAGCCCAGCAGCCAUAGAUUCUGCUGAUGCAGUCGGGCCAGGAUAGCAGUAAAGGCCUUGCUCUGACCUUGUUAAUAAUUUAUGAAGGCCACUACAGUCCUAGAUAGGUAACACAACACUGUUGAUUUGAACCACAGACAGGCAGGGCACUUGAAUGUGAUAAUCAGCACAAUAUCCGUUGAGUUUUCCACUGUUCCAUGUUCCAUGAUUGAUAACCCAGGUGGGAGGGCUGUUUUGUUUGCUAGAUACUGUACAAUCAAUAGGCAUGAAAUUGCCUCAUGAUUUUAAAAUGUCUCAUCAUGCAUGUCUAAUGUGUGACUGUUAAGGGGAAGUAUGAUUGCUACUUAAUUUUUUUGACAGGUCUCCUUGUUGGAACUCUUGAUACGAUGCUGGAUUCCACGUCUAAGGUCGCUCCAUUUCGCAUUCUACACCAGACACUGGACUCUCAGGUCUACUGGUCAAUAGCAUGUGGUGAGAGUUUUUGCUCUACACUUUCUCAACUAUCCCCUGUUCAGUCAGAAUAGCCACAAUGUAAACAUUAUAGGCUACAGUAAUGUAUUAACUGACUACAAUCAUGUAAUAACAACCUUUUCGGAUUGUAUUUUAGUCGACACUCAUUUCCCAUUUUUUAACAAAAUAGAUGGCUUAGUCGUGCAUAGUGUAAACAGUUUCCUUUGCAUUGUGAAUAUGUUUUCCCUGUGAUUAGGUGGCACCAAGGAGGAGAUCAACCAACACUGGGAGUGGCUGGAGAAGAACAUCAUGAGAACCUUGUCUGUGUUUGACUCCAGCGAUGACAUCACCAGCUUUGUGCAGGGCAAGAUCAGAGUAAGUAAUCACUACAGAUAAUUAAACACAUGGUUUACACAGACACUACUAUUAUUGAUCACUGCCACUCUCACAGGGAGAUGGAGGCCUCCUACAGACUUAAUAAUGUAUUCAUGUAGUGAAGCCUACUGAUGAUAAGUAGCAAGUGCUUACUCUUUGAAAACAUUUGGUGGUGAUUAUGGUGUUUAAUUGAUUACUGUUUCUGAUAUGGAAACCUUUGACUGUUUAUUGAAAGCUAAGCAAAGGAUAGUAGGUUUGUAAUAAAAAUUUGAAUUUAAGAAACUAUAUGAUGCUAAUUUAUAUGCCUUGACAUAAAUGUUACAGAAUGGAGAUGGCAUGCUGACUUGUUUAGACUGCUAAUUAUAUUUGUUUCCUUCAGCGGCCAUGAGAGAGAUGUUGUCCUCCUCUUCUCUCUAUAAAGGGGCUGAUUGCUGAGGAAGGGAAGGUGUCAGGCGUGCAGGAGGACGACCCUGAGAAGUUCCGUGAAGCACUGCUGAGGUUUGAGAAAUGGUUUGACCUCCCUCAGAAGGAGAAGCUGGUCACCUACUACUCCUGCAGCUACUGGAGGGGCCGUGUGCCCUGCCAGGGCUGGCUCUACCUCAGCACCAACUUCCUCUCCUUCUACUCCUACCUGCUGGGCUCCGAGGGUGAGACGAAACAGAGACCGAAACCUGAACAACCCCUCACUGUUGAUUGUCACUUAAAUGCAGAAACUGGCAGGCUUCAUCCAUUUACUUGUCAUUUUAUACAUUGUAUUUGGGUACAAUAUUAUUAUAAUUCCAUGACAGAAUGGCAGCGAGUUACUCAUUAAAGAUAAUCUGUUUCCUCUUCAGUGAAGCUGGUAGUCUCAUGGAAUGAGAUCUGGAGGCUGGAGAAAACGUCCAAUGUCAUUCUGACGGAGAGCAUUCAUGUGUUGGCCAAUGGGGAGAACCACUACUUCUCUAUGUUCCUGCACCUCAAUGAGACCUUUCUGAUCAUGGAGCAACUUGCUGACUACUCCAUCAAACGCCUAUUUGAUAAGGAGACCUUCCAGGAAGAGCCCUCCCUCUCAGACCCACUACAGAUCACCAAGAGGUAUACUGCCUGUCACUGUUAUUUUUUACUAAUAUUUGACAGUUACUUCAGGACACCAUAGUGAAUGGAGAUGAUAUUAAUUAUUUUGUUUACUACCUCCAUGCUCUCAAGCUGUCCUCCUUUUUUCACUACUUUUCUUUUUUUGCUCUCCUUCAGAGGCUUGGAAACUAAUGCUAGGAACGAGCAAUUCCGGGCCUUCUUCAGGCUGCCUAAAGAGGAGAACCUGCUGGAGGUUUAUGAGAGCUUCCUGUGGGUUCCAUUCAGCCACUUCAACACGCUUGGGAAGAUCUGUCUGUCUGAGAGCUACCUGUGUUUCGCUAGCCAGGAUGGCAGCCAGUGCCACGUCAUCAUCCCCAUGAGAGAGGCAAGACACAGCACACUACCUUGACACUAAACUAAUUUAAUAGCCUCUGUGGCUCAGUGGUUUUGCUCAAUGUUGUUGACCCAAACACCUAUCCUUGCAGGUGAUUGGUGUGGAGAAGCCAGAUCGUAGCAGCAGAGCUUUGACUGUGUGUGUGCGGGGUAAGACGGCUCUGAGGUUCUCUGAAGUUCGGGACUUUGAGCGUCUCGGCAAUGCAAUCCGCAGGAGGUGUGGGAUGACUGCCAGUCCUCAGCACUCUGCAUCACCUGAGGUGACUAACUUCCUGUUUUGAACAUGUGAUCCUCUUCCUGCUUCUUACUGCUAGGUCUCUGCUCCAAGGGCACAAUUCCAGUCCGCCUGCAACCCUCCAAAUUUGUCUAAGGGAGCUUUCACAUCAAAUUGGUUUAAGCGGUUUUUCCUCACUCUGGUGCGUUCACCCCCUUAGUUCAGUUCAUUUGAAUUGGUGUGAACACUAUCUGCACUCGGGAGCGCACCAAACAACGCACCGUGGUUCUCUCAAAAAGGGUGAUCUUGGUCCGUUUCCAUUCGUACUGUGGUGUGUUUCGCUGCAGGUGUGAGCGCAAUUUGGACCAAACACAGGAAAAGAAGCAGUAUUAUUGGUUGUUUGACUAUGAGCAUUUGAACUUGGUUUCUCUCAAACAUGUUGUGAGUAGCAGCACAUUUAUGAGCGCAUCCUAUGCAGAUUAGGGGAGACCGGGGCUGUACAGGGGAUAUAGGCUACUGAAUAUAUUCACUGCACGUUGCAGUUAGAGCAGCUAAAGUAUUAUGACGAUUGGCUGGGACACCCAAGUGAUGCUCCAUGAUGAUCAUAGAUGGAUUUAACGUGAGCAUUUUUGCCCAAUAAACAAAUUACCUUGUGUGAACAUAUGGUUUUGUUUAGGCAUUUUAGUUAGUUAGACAUUUGUCAGUGUGACACCAACUGGACCAAAUGAAAGAUAUCUGCCACGCUAUAAUUGCUGCCAUUGAAAACAAACUGCGGGUUCACUGUGCCUUGCAGGUCAUCAGAGGGGAGUGCCAAAACCUCAUCAAUCACUUUGAGGACAACCCAGAGGAGGUGGCUCUGAUGGUGGGACAGAAGGACAGCAGCAAGGCUGUCAGCAAUGAGGCCCUCAUGACUGUGUUCCACCCCCAGGACGCUGAAAAUCUUGAUCCCAAAAUGGUGGGAUUGUACUCUAAAACAUGACCUUCUCUCCUAAUAUGAAGAAAUAUACAAUUUUUGGUUUAUCUAGGAGCGCUGUUUCUUUUCCCCAGUGUGAGAAUGAGCAGAGCAUGAUACAUAUGGUGGAGUUUUUUUAAAGGUGCUCUCCCUGUACUGUCUAGAUGUCUCAGCCUUGACAGCUCAUUUCUUAUUACGCUGUUUCAUCUCUGUGCCUGACAGCUAAAGGAGAAGAUGAAGGAGCAGUCAUGGAACAUCCACUUCUCAGAGUAUGGCCGUGGCACCAGUAUGUUCUGUACCAAAAAGACACGAGACCUGAUUGUGCGUGGCGUCCCUGAGGCCUUAAGAGGAGAGCUCUGGAUGCUCUUCUCAGGUUCUGUUUGAUAUGGCUCUUUCACUGUUAUAUGGCUCGUAUGUCUCCUUCACUGAUGUGUAAAAGUGUGGUGUCUUUAAUGUUUUGCUAUAGGUAGCUGUAUGUGUUUUGUUUAAAUAUGGUGUGUGGUGUUUUGCCUUGGUACUCUAGGUGCAGUGAAUGACAUGGCCACUAACCCGGGGUAUUACAGUGAGCUAGUGGAUCAGUCUCUGGGGACCAGCACCCUUGCCACUGAUGAGAUAGAGAGAGACCUGCACCGCUCUCUACCAGAGCACCCUGCCUUUCAGAGCGACACAGGCAUCUCUGCCCUGCGCAGAGUCCUCACUGCAUAUGCCUACAGGAACCCCAAAAUCGGCUAUUGCCAGGUGCUAAGCUAGAAACCCCUAUAACACUUCCCUGCUUUCUUUCUUUCAAAAAGCUAAUAAAUUAGGCAUCUUUACAUCUAUCCUCCUUUUCUCUUCUGAAGGCCAUGAACAUCCUGACGUCGGUCCUGUUGCUCUAUGCUAAAGAGGAGGAGGCUUUCUGGCUGCUAGUGGCCGUCUGUGAGAGGAUGCUGCCUGACUACUUUAACCGCAGGAUCAUCGGUGAGAGACACAGCUGAAUAACAAUAUAAUUUUUAGUGUUGCAUCACAUUAAAUAUAUGUACUGUAUGUGUGUUUGAUACUGAAUACCUGGCUUACACUUUCUCACACAACUGCUAUAAAUCCUGUUUACAAACAUCUUGUAUUUCCUCAGGUGCCCUGGUGGACCAGGCAGUGUUUGAGGAGCUGAUCCGAAUGCACCUCACCCAGCUGACGGAGCACAUGACAGACCUGACCUUCUUCUCCUCCGUGUCCCUGUCCUGGUUCCUCACCCUGUUUAUCAGUGUCCUGCCCAUAGAGAGCGCUGUCAACGUGGUCGACUGCUUCUUCUACGACGGCAUCAAAGCCAUCCUUCAGCUGGGCCUGGCUGUGCUCGACUACAACAUGGAGGGCCUGAUCAGCUCCCAUGACGACGCUGAGGCAGUCACCAUCCUCAACAAGUGAGUGUCAACACAGAGUGGGCGAGGUCUGAAGGUCAACUUAAUUGGUUAUUUCAAAGUACCGUAUUAGGUUUAUGAUGGAUUGUGAAGCAACAUAAUCUCCAAAACAAUGAGUUAAUUCUACAGGAAUGCCCAUCUUAUUCAUGUUACUUAACUGCUGCUCUGUUUGCCCUGGCAGGUUUUUCGAUAAUGUGACCAAUAAGGACAGUCCUCUACCACAAACAGUGCAGCAAAACUCAGUAGGGAACAACGACAAAGCAUCAUCCCUCUCCAAGGUGGACAUCAGUGAUCUCAUCAAAGAAGCCUAUGAGGUACUGUAACGGUCAGAGUUGCUAGAACUGACCCCAUGUCUCAAUGUCAGGCUUGUCAUUGAUUUAGCCUUUUUAAUUUGCUUACAGAAAUAUGGAGACAUGAAAUCAGAGGAAGUAGAGCGCAUGCGGAAAAGAAACAAACUGUAUGUAAUCCAAACAUUAGAGGAUACGACCAAACAAAAUGUGGUGAGUGGCACAUCCCCAAACUUCCAUGGCAACCUUUUAGCAUUGUUUACUACAAUUUGAUGUAGGAUGAAUUGAGAUUGACUUUUUUCCCAGCUACGGGUAGUGUCACAAGAAGUAAAGUUCAGUGCUUCCCAGCUUGAUGACCUUUAUGCAUUGUUCAAGGUAUCACAAUCACUCUUUUCAAAUAAUAAUAUACUACUGCAUACACUACAUGCGUCAAUAUUCCUCAUAGACACAGAGUUGACACGACUGGCAUGAAAAAUGGAAAUGUGUUGAAAAUAGACACAGAUUUAAGCGCUGGAAGUUGAAUACUUCAAUGUGUUUCCAGAGGCAACAUUUCCUCAGCUGCUACUGGACGAUGAACAGCCCAGUGCUGCUGCACCACGACCCCAGCCUGGCCUAUCUGGAGCAGUACCAGCUGGGCUUCCAUCAGUUCAGGCUGCUCUUCUCCCUCCUGGAGCCCUGGUCCCUCUGCAGCGGCAACGAUGCCCUCUUCCUCUGGGCCUUCCGCCUGCUGGAUGAGAACCAGGACGGCCUCGUCAACUUCAAAGAGUUCUGCUGUGCCCUGGGUAAGGUUAGACCAGUGCUCUGAUGCAUAGCUACAGGUCUAUGAAUGCUGUGCCCACCCUCCGUUUUCACCAUUAUCUGUGGAAACGGUAUGUCGCAUCUAAUCCAGCAUCAACCUCAUGCAACCUUUCAUGAAAAUGUCCCCCUCCCUAUUUUGUUCUUUCUGCAGACAUUUUGUACAGCGGCACUUUCACCAGCAAACUGAAAUUCCUGUUCAAGCUUCAUCAGCCACCAGGUAAGUAAGAUCACCAGAACUGCAUUAGCACCUUCUCUAUUAACCACUUGUCAUUCUACGGUCAUGAUACUUUUGAUCUGUAUUUCUUCUGCUUGAAUACAUUAUUUAUAAUAAGAAACUCCCAAUACAAUUUUGCUGCAGACUAUGCCCUUCUAAUUUCAACUGUACUGUAUAUUUCGUGCUACUCUUCUACUCGCCAACUAAUCUCUUUAACUGUUCCUUACAUCUGUCCCUGCUGUAAUGUUGCAUUCUCUCACAGAGAAUGUCUUCUUCUAGCUUUCACAGGUAGUCCUUUCCACUCAAAGGGCCAAAGACUUCCUCACUUCAUUCCAAUGACUGACGACCUAUCCCACUUGAGUCGAUUGACUGGUCAGCUUGCUUUGCUCUUUUCUUUCUCUGCUAUAAGCAUUUCACUCUUUGCCUCUGUGCUUUUGUCUUUGGUAGAUGCUCAUCUGUCUGUUUGUCUUUAACAAUGUCUUAAGUUGGUCUCUUUUGUCAUGUACAAUUUGUUUUACUACUAUCUAGAUAUGUGUCCUUGUAGACAAGGUUUAUAUAUGAUAUAAUUUCUCACUGGUUAUGGUGUAGAAUAGCAAAAUGUACUUUAGUUACUGUAUGAGUUCCUUUGACUUAUGUGAAUGUACUUUACACUAUGUAGUGUCCGAUCUUCCAGAAGAUGGCGUGAUCAGAAAAAGCCCUGAAAGAGGUAAUUUAUUUGGCCUGUCUCUUUUUCUCUUUUACCAAGCUCUUCACAAUAUUGCUAAUUUAAACAGAAUAUCCUUGUACACAUUACCCAUUUGUGUCUGAACACUGCACUUUCCACCCACAGGCAGAGGGAAAGUGGAUCUGCAGGCCUACCUGAAACAAUGGCAAGAUGAGAUACUAAAGAAAGAGGAGAGCAUCAAGGAUUUACCCAGAAUUAACCAGGUAAAUACACCCAUAUCUAGGUUAACAUGUAGUCAAUCAGGUGAAUAUGCAUGCAGAUAUCUUUCUAACAGAUAAACUUUGAACAAUUGAAUCCACAUGUUAUGUCAUUACUUUAUGCAAAAAGAAACACAAUGACAAAAUCUUAAAAUUGAAUCCAUCCCUUUUCUUUUAAUGUUGUCAGGCUCAGUUUAUCCAGUUCUCCAAAUCACUCUACAAUCUGUUCCAUGGUGACCCAGAAGAGGAGUCUCUGUACCGUGCUGUGGCUCGAGUCACCAGUCUCCUGCUGAGGAUGGAAGAAGUAGGGCGCAGGCUCCAGGAGCCCACCAGCCCCCAGAAGCCCACCACUAGCCCCACCCAGGCUGCCCCAGAGGGGACUCUACCCGACGGGGAGGCCUGCAGCACCCAUGAGAGCUGCUCAGACACCCCUAGCACUACCAUCACCCUGGAGGCAGGCUCCAUCCCACAGGAGGUGGAAUGGUCAUUUGCCUUUGAGCAGAUCUUGGCAUCGCUGCUCAACGAGCCUGUCCUUGUGCGCUUCUUUGAGAGGCCUGUAGACAUUCAGGCCCGGCUGGACCAUGCCAAGUGUGCUCAGUUGAAAGCCAAGACAAACAAGUGA